AUGCAUUUUUCCAGCUUCUCAUCUACUCUGCUCCUUGCGAGUGCCACCGCCGCCCCCCAGUCCUCGAAGCGCGGGGCAGACAUCAACGCCAUUCUCCCACCCGUCGUGCCCGUCAACACGCGUUCCGGCAACGAUGACCUCAUUGCCAAGCUAAUGACGGCCCCGACGCAGGUCGAGCGCAUCAGGCUGCUCGACCGGCCCGGCGACUUCGUCUUCGACUUCAACGCCAACAGCACCACCUCGGGCCCCAGGACGCAGGGCAGGGGCGGCUUCACCAUCGCCGCCACUUCCCGGACGAUGCCGGCCCUCAUCGGCAACGGCGAGGCCAUGACGGUCGGCUUCCUCGGCCCCUGUGGCAUGAAUACGCCGCACGUUCACAACCGCGCAACCGAGCUCAACAUCGUCGUUCAAGGUCGCCUGGUGACCAACUUCGUGGGCGAGAACGGCGCGCGGCCGAUCGAGAACACGGUCUCGCGCUUCCAGAUGGCCGUGUUCCCGCAAGGCGCAAUCCACCAAGAAUUUAACCCGGACUGCCAAGGGGCGGUCUUCGUGGCGGCCUUUAACGACCCGGAUCCGGGUGUUCAGACGAUUGCACAGAACUUUUUCAGCCUGCGGCCGGACGUGGUCAGUGCGACUCUGGGUGGCGUGCAGACGAUCAACGGCCAGGACAUCGAGUCGUUUCGCAACAUGAUUCCCGCCAACGUCGCCCUGGGUAUCGACACGUGCUUGAAAAAGUGCGGAAUCAAGCGCAAUGCGACGAGGACCCUCGAGGAAGUCUUUGCCCAGCCGCGUUCACAGCAUUGA